AUGAAUCUGGCCAUGCCUCGGAUAUCGUGGGUCAAGGGCAUGCAGUCCCUGCACCGCGCGAGCUCAGCAGCCUCGCGCAGGACCGCCGCCAGCGCCUUUGCCGCUCGCCACAUCUCGACCACGCCCACACGGAGCAGCACCAAGAACACCGAGUGGGUGCGCAGCAAACUCUGGAAGGAUGGCGAUGCCCCCGGCGCCGCCGACCCGUACACGCAGCGCCCCGAAGACGUGCCGGAAGACUCUGCCGUCACGCGGCUGCCGCGCGAAGCCCUCGAGGGCACCGAUCCCGCCGACAAGCGACCCUUGGCCGUGCGCCGCUCGAGACUGCCAUUCCCGGCUACGCGAAACGAAGCCGCGACACCAAAGGAAGUGGGUGCCACUGAUGCUGCGUACGAGCCGGCCACAUCGCUGGAGGAUCUCACGGAGAUGGGCACUCUGAGUGACUGGUGGGACCAGCCCGGGCACUGGAGCGAGCUGGAUCAAUUCAAGGCCUUUGCCAGCACGGAAAAAGUCACGGACAAGGCUACUAUUGAGGUGUACUAUCGAAGAGCGCUCGUGGAAGUCCUUGCUCUGCAGAAGACGGGCGCGCUGGGAGAAUGGGCCACGCAGAAGUGGGCAGAAGGUUCGCGUGCUGACCUGGACGCUGCGCUCGCCGCGGAGAUUGUGACCCAAGACGGUGGUGCCGUGCUCAAGGGUGAAGCGGCCGCUAUCGCCAGCAGCCUCAAGCAGACGACCGAAGCUGAGACAGAAGUCACGCGGCCAGAGAGAAUUUCCAGUGAAGAGGCUGCUGAGAUGAUCAAGGCGUGGGAUCCCUCAUGGAAGGAGAUUGCCGUCAAUGAUCAGAUGAAGUUUGCCCUUCGCAAGCGGCUAUACCAACUCACCGGCAACCUGAUUCCCGACGCCAAGCUCGGCGCCGCCGCCACCGUCGGGCACCUCCUGACCCUGACGGCUAAGCAACCCAAGGCGAAGCGCCUGGCCGAGAUUCUGCAAAAGACGGAGGAGCUCGUGCAGCUGGCCAAUGUCAAGGUGCAUGACCGCAGAGUCAGCUCCAUUGACAGGGAGGUGGCUGUCGGCCGCUGGAAGCUGAUUGAGGAGGAGCUAACCAAGAGAGAACUGCCGCUCACCGGCACGACGGAUGUGCCGAAGAACAGAGAGAUGCAACACCUUCUUGGGAAAGUAUAA